AUGUUCACAUUAUCAUCGACAACAGGACAGCAGAAUAAUUCGAUGAGCUUUCAAGCAAAACAAUCGAAAAGAUUCAAUCGAGAGUUGAAAUAUUCUUCGCGAAUACCGAAAUUAGUCCAAACACAAUUCGCACAAUUUCUCAAUAAUCUUUUAGAAUAUUCCAGUGAGUUAGCUUAUUUUGCAAUCAAUGCAUUUCAAACAUCAUCAUUGCGACGCGUGCAGGUGAAUACGAUGCAACGAUUUUCUGGUUUUUGUCUACCUCGAACAUGUGUGUUUUAUUACAAUCUCGACGCAGAAUUUGAUAAUUUCGUUCAAAACAUGCGCACACUCUGUGCUCUAGCCAAACGAACAUUUUUGGACAUACGAGUCACACGAAUUCAUGCUUCCGAUAGUAAAAUGAUGAGUUUACCAAUCAUCCGUCGGUCUAUAGGCGUCUUCAAAUGUAAUAUUAAUCGUUUACGUGAUUUGAAGCGACUUCAUCAGGACAUUGACCAUGAUCUUCUGUUGCCCAAUGAUCAACUAUAUCUCGCUCUUGAUUUACUUCUAACCGAUUUCGAGCUGUUAAACUGUGAACUAGACGCUGAAGUCAAAUUCGCUGAUGCAAUGAUUUUACAAACUAUUAUUAAAGAUAUAUUUCUCCAAUUUCGUCUUGCAUUGUCAUGGAUUUAUCCUGCAAUACAACACGCUGCUUAUCGCCCCGGAGAUCCAAAUCCGGAACAUGAAGUGAAAAAAUGUGAUCAACAAGCGACUAUUCGGCACGUGGAUAAUUUCUGCGGAAAACGGAAGGAAAAAAAAUCGAAUGAAUCUGAUCUUCGUUCGUUGACACAUUUGAAAAGAGAUAGAAAUGAAAAUUGUAUUAAGGAAACAACUAAAGAUACAGAAAAUGAAAAGAAAAAAAAGAAAUAUUCAAGGAAAAUACUUGUCAUACCCACUGUUAAUAACGGCUUUCAUCGAUAUUUACAUAAGAAAAAGCUUCAUAGUACAGGUAUAAUACAUUUACAACGAUCGCAAUCAAAUCCAAAUAUACUUUCUAUGGUAUGCAUUCAUGAAAAAUGA